UAGUUGUCAUCUGUCGGUUACUCGGGUCGGAUUAAGCCGGGGUCAAAUAAAACCCGGUUUAACCCGACCGAGAAUCAACGACAUUUCGGAAUGGAGACGGACUGAAAAGCUGACUUAGCUCCAGCUAUGCUAACCGCUCUCUCAUUCUCUAUCUUUCUCUGCUUUAUAUAAGUUAUAACGAACACAGGAUCCUGAACCUCCUUCAAAUCCCAAGAGACUCUCAGUUUCUUCUUCUGAGGCUUUUGAUUUACCUCCAUUUUUGUUUUUCUUGGUGAUGAGCAAUGGCCGAAGAAGAUGAUAAGAGAUUGAAGAAAAGGAAGAAGAAGAGGUUGAUAGGCGCCGACAGGAGGAGGCGUCUCGUUCGUCUCAAAUGCUGUGUGCAAAACUACGAUUGGGGGGUUCUAGGGUGUAAUUCACAAGUUGCGAGGAUGUUUUUGCUCAAUUCGGGCUCCUACAGUGCCGAUCCGGAUGAAUGUUACGCGGAGUUCUGGAUUGGAACGCAUAAAUCGGGUCCGUCUUUCGUUUUUUUUGGACGGGACUAUAAUGCCGCUGCAAUUGGAUCUAAACCCUUGAGUCUCAAGGACUGGAUCACGGUCGAUCCGGGUGCUGUGCUUGGUGAUAAGGUUGCGCGGAAAUGGGGAGGCGAUCUCCCCUUCCUCUUCAAGGUGCUGUCGGUAGAGAAGGCUUUAUCCAUUCAGGCUCAUCCGGAUAAAGAGUUAGCGAGGGCUUUGCACGAAGCUCAACCGAGCAUCUAUAAAGAUGACAAUCACAAGCCAGAAAUGGCUUUAGCAUUGACUGGGUUUGAGGCUCUUUGUGGGUUCAUCAGUUCUAAGGAGCUCAAGGGGGUGCUGAGUAGCGUUCCUGAGAUAGUAGAAUUAGUCCAAGUUGCAGAUGCAGAGAAGUUCUCACACGAUAGUGAGCAAAAUGGGAAGGAGAAAGUGAAAUCACUUUUUGAGUCCAUAUUUAGUCAGAUCAUGUCAUCUAACAAGGCCAUGGUUCGUGAGGCUAUAUGUAAACUAAAAAGGCGCCUUAGUUUGGAGAAAAAGAAGAGGCAACUGUCUACCAAAGAACAAUUGGUUCUCAGACUAGAAGCUCAAUAUCCUGCUGAUGUCGGUAUACUAGCAGCAUUUUUUCUAAACUAUGUGAAGUUAAAACCAGGCGAAGCGUUAUAUCUUGGUCCGAAUGAACCCCAUGCAUAUAUAUCUGGGGAAUGCAUCGAGUGUAUGGCAACCUCUGACAAUGUUGUUCGUGCCGGCCUUACCUCUAAAAAAAGAGACGUUCAAGCACUGCUUUCAAUGCUCAACUACAAACAGGGGUUUCCCGAAAUUUUGCAAGGAGUUUCGUUGAAUGAAUACACACGAAAGUACGCCCCUCCGUUCGAUGAAUUUGAAGUUGAUCGCUGUAUUCUUCCAGUAGCUGCAUCUGUGUCCUUCCCCUCUGUCCCAGGACCAUCUCUGUUUCUGUUAAUGUCUGGAAAAGGGACAAUUGUGACAGGCUAUUCUGAAGAAACUACUUUUCAAGAGGGUGAGGUUCUGUUUGUUCCAGCAUAUAUGGAGGUCAGUGUAACAGCUGCAGCUACAGAAUUACAUAUGUACAGGGCUGGGGUCAACAACAGAUUCUUUAGAGACUUGUGAUUUACAAGUACAAGUGAAUAAAUUAAGAAUAUACAAGGAAAAUAGAGGUUACAAGAAGAAUUGUUCAAGCACACACAAAUUUGUUGCAUUUACUGCCCUUUAUGAGUUCAUUUUUAUUGAUUAAAUUGCAUCAAAGUUGUGCAAUAUACAUUUGUUAAGAAGAAUAUGAAUAGGUUAUCAAGUUGUAUUAAAGUUCAUGAUUGCGUUGAGCAAAAUAUUGCUUCAUUUAUUGUUGUCCUAUCAGUUUAUCAGCUGUCAACGGUGAAUAUUCAUAGAGUUCUUUGUUUGGGAGUAUUAAAUUUAAGGCUCCCUUCC